AUGAGCAAAAUUUCGAUUGCUCAAUUAACCAGUAUUUUUGCUCGAUUUUCUUCUUCUUCUUCUUCUUCUUCUUCUUCCUUCUCCAUUCGUUCAUCUUUCUCUCCUGUCUUUUCCCGCCUUCGUUUCCAUACGUUUUUCUAUUUUCUUCCCUCUAUCCAUUAUAUUUUCUUUCUCUUUCUCUUUUUCUUUCAUUUUCUCUUUUCUUUUCUUCCUGUUUUCCUUCCUUUCAUUUUCUCUCUUCAUUCGCUCUGUACUUUUAAUUUGUCUCUUUUUCUUUAUCCCGUCUUUCUUUUAAAUCACCUGAACCCGUUCUUUCUUUCUUUCUUUCUUUCUUUCUUUCUUUCUUUCUUUCUUUCUUGCUUUCUUUUUUUCUUUCUUUCUUUCUUUCUUUCUUUCUUUUUCUAUCUAUCUAUCUAUCUAUCUAUCUAUCUAUCUAUCUAUCUAUCUAUCCCAGUUUGCUUAUAUCUGUCUAAAUAUGUUCAUAUUUCUCUCUCUUUUUUCUUUUUUUCUUUCUUUUCUACCUAUCUCAUCUGUUCACAUCUAUCAAUCUAUCACGGUCUGUUCAUAUCUAUCUAUCUAUCUAUCUAUCUAUCUAUCUAUCUAUCUAUCUAUCAUAUUCACAUCUAUCUAUCUAUUUUUGUCUGUUCAUAUCUAUCAAUCUGUCUAUCAUGGUCUGUUCAUAUCUAUCAAUCUGUCUAUCAUGGUCUGUUCAUAUCUAUCUAUCUAUCUAUCCCAGUUUGCUUAUAUAUGUCUAGAUAUUUUCAUAUUUCUCUCUCUUCUUUCUUUCUUUCUUUCUUUCUUUAUACCUAUCUCAGUCAGUUCACGUCUAUCUAUCUCUCUAUCUAUCUAUUUAUUUUAGUCUGUUCAUAUCUAUCAAUCUGUCUAUCACAGUCUGUUCACAUCUAUCAAUCUAUCACAGUCUGUUCAUAUCUAUCUAUCUAUCUAUCUAUCUAUCUAUCUAUGUUCAUAUUUUAUAUCUUACAAGAACUUGGAAGAAAGCGAACACAUCUAGUGAUACUCUCUCUCUCUCUCUCUCUCUCUCUCUCUCUCUCUCUCUCUUUUCAUAAACUGUUUCUUUAUUCUACGUUUUUCUCACUUUCUCCCCCCUCUCUCUCCCAUUGUUUUCUCGAUCAUUUUUUUCUUUACACUUGUUACUCUCUUUCAACAGCUUUUUUUCUUUCUAUAUGUGUCUCUCUCUCUCUUGCUCAAUCUCUCGCUCUUUCGUUACCUUUUCAAGCAAAUCGCUUGCUACGUUUUUUCUUUCUUUCUUUCUUUCUUUCUUUCUUCUUUUUUUUCUUUCUUUCUUUCUUUUUCUUCUUCCUUUUACACUUUUUUUUUUUCCUUUCUUUCUUUUCUUUCUUUCUUUCCUUUCUUUCCUUUCUUUUUAAGCUUUUUUUUCCUUUCCUUACACCUUUUUCUUUCUUUUUCUUUUCUUUCUUUCUUUCUUUCUUUCUUUCUUUCUUUCUUUCACUAUUUCAUUUUUUUCUUCACUACUUGAUUCUUACUCUCCUUUACUUUCACUUUCUCUUUUCUUUCCACCUACCUCCUUAA